AUGAAUAUGGUGAGGAGCAUAUUGGUUGAGAAGAAUGUUCCAAGAAAACUCUGGGCAGAAGCAGUGAAUUGGGCAUUUUAUGUUCUUAAUAGAUGCCCAACAUCAUCGGUGAAAGAAAUGACGCUAGAAGAAGCUUGGUGUGGGGUGAAACCUUUAGUCGAGCAUUUGAAAGUCUUUGGUUGUAUAUCACAUGCUCAUGUAUCGGAUGCUCGGAGAACAAAGCUUGAGGAUAAGAGCCAUUGUUGUGUUCUUUUAGGGGUAAGCGAAGAGUCAAAGGCAUAUCGGCUAUAUAAUCCUAUCUCUAAGAGGAUUAUAAUUAGUCGGGAUGUCAUCUUCGAAGAAGAAAAACAAUGGAACUGGGAAAGGAGCUUUGAAGGUAAUAGAAGGUUUGAUCUGGAAUGGGAAGAUGGAAACGGUGAAGAGGUGGAGGAUUCCGAUGAUGGUAGUGAAGAAGAAAAUGUAGCUUCUCCGAUGAGGGGCGAAACCAGUGAUGGCAAUGAAGAAGAUGAAGCGACUCCUCCGAUGACACCCCGAGUUAGAAGAGCAUCAACAUAUUUGAAUGAUUUUGUGUGUGGUGAUGGUCUUCCAGAUGAAGAGGAAGAUGUACAAACUCAUUUAGCCUUGUUUGCUAGUGUUGUUCAUUUUGAUCCAAUUUCGUUUAACAAAUCAGUAAAGGAGGAGAAAUGGAGAACAUCCAUGGAUGCCGAAAUGAGAUCAAUUGGGAAGAAUGAAACAUGA